UCUUUCCUAUUUCCAAAGCUAAUUACCAUAACCAAAAGCUAAAAAGAGCUUUUGGGGACAAAUACUGACAGGGCAUUGCCCAACCCAACCCACCUUUUAUUCCUCCAACUGCUUCCUUCCAUGUACUACUUUCAACAUUCUUCUUGGACUCUUCUCCCAACCCUUUUGCUCCCUUUACUUAUAAUGCUUUCCUCACUUAACUCUUCUUAAUAAGAUUUGGCCUCCUAACCUUUUCUCUUUGGAUUAUUCAGCUUAGUUGCCGAUUCCCAUUCUUUCUCAUCAAACAAUUAUAAUUUUUGUUUAUAUAUAAAACCAAAUCAGACAAUCUUAACCGAACAAAAACUUCCCUAUAUAUAAUAAGUACAUGCAUGUAGAGCUUAUAAAGCUAAACCAUUUAUGAUAUAUUUCAAAACUUCCUUAUAAGAGUUCUCGCCCACCUAGCUAGCCAACUUAUUAGUUUUGAAUAGAGCUAUAUAUAUAGAUAGACUAAGUUUCAUAAUUUAUUAAACAGUGAUUAUGGGAAUGGAAAGCCACGAAUACCCUUCUCAAGUGGUUCAUUCCUCCAUUGCUCUUCUUCAAGAGCGAUUCAGAGAGUUACAGAGAGUGAAAGAAAUGAGAGAAGAAAAAGAGCUUCUCAGAUUGCUUUCCGAACCCAACAACAACAAUACUAGUUAUAUUAAUAAACAGUUCAAUUUGAUGAAAAGCCUUACACCUGAUCAGUACUACUACGAGCCAGCCAAGUUGAUUUUUCAACCUGAUUUGGUGCCUCAUCACCAAACAACACCACUACCAAAGCCCCAAGUUUCUCUCUCGUUGUGGCCAACGUUUCAGACCAGCUUUCAUGAGGAACAGUAUUACUAUGUUAAUACCAAUGAGAUGAGUCCUGAUCUGUUGAUGAAAUCAUCAUCAUGGCCCAUCAUAGUCAACUCCCCAUCUUUUCAAUCUUCUAUGAAUGAUUCUGUUGAUCAUGAGCCUGAUGUUGAUACCUCUCUUCAUCUGUAAAACAAAUAUUAUUUAGUUACAUACACUAGCUAUAUAAUGCUUUUCUUUCUCUUUUGUUUUUUUGUUCCCUGGUAAUGUAGUGGUUAACCCCAUAUUAUCAAUUCCAUACAUGAAGCUAUAUAUCCUUGAUAAUUAAUAAGUGUAUCCCUUAUUGCUAUAUAUAAUAUUACUAACAAAUUACUUCA